ACACAGGGCCUGUUUGUCUGUGCAGGUACCAUCUCUUUACCCCACACUCAAGUGACACAAAAUGCCCUUCAAUGGUGGCGAGAAGCGGUGUGUGGGUGAGGACCAGCCAAGCAACUCAGAUUCUUCCCGGUUCUCCGAAAGCAUGGCUUCGCUCAGUGACUAUGAGUGCUCCAGGCAGAGCUUGACCUGUGUGCCGGGUUCUAAAACUAAGAAAGGCCUGAGAUCAGAGGCAGCAAGCCCUCCGAGGGUUGUAACGUUUGACGAAGUGAUGGGUGCAGCAAGGAACUUAGAAAACAUGACUCUUGUUCACGAAAUUGCUGUAAAUGAGAACUUUCAGUUGAAAAAAGAUGCCCUCCCUGGGAACAGCUUGGCCAGCCGAGUGAAGCGCAUCGUCCACCAGGCCUACUGGGAUGUCUUGGAGUCGGAACUGAAUGCUGACCCUCCUGAGUAUGACCACGCUAUCAAACUGUUUGAAGAAAUCAGAGAGAUUCUUCUCUCCUUUCUGAUUCCUGGUAGUGGAAACCGGCUUCGCAACCAGAUCUGUGAGGUUUUGGACACGGACCUCAUUAGACAACAGGCUGAGCACGGUGCUGUUGACAUCCAAGGCCUGGCCAACUAUAUCAUCAGCACAAUGGGGAAGCUGUGUGCUCCCGUCCGAGAUGACGAUAUCAGAAAGUUAAAGGCCACUGGCAACAUUGUGGAGCUGCUGAGGCAAAUAUUCCAUGUCCUGGACCUCAUGAAUAUGGACAUGGCCAAUUUUCUAAUUAGGAGUUUUAGACCACAUUUUCAACGCCAAUUGGUGGAUUAUGAGAGAACUAAGUUCCAGGAAAUUUUAGAAGAAACUCCAAGUGCUCUUGAUAAAACUACUAAGUGGAUAGAAGAAUCUGUAAAUGAAGAAUUACUUUCUGUUUCUGAGACCGGUUUAACUCCUGCGGCCGGAACCAGCUCCAAGCCACACCUGAGCCCUACACUGGUGCUAAAUAACAGUUAUUUGAAACUGUUGCAGUGGGAUUAUCAGAAAAAAGAAUUUCCAGAGACACUGAUCACAGAUGAAGCACGUCUUCAGGAACUGACAGAAAAGCUGAAUCAAUUGAAAAUUAUUGCCUGCCUGUCCCUCAUUACCAACAAUAUGUUGGGUGCUAUCACAGAAGGCCUCCCUGAGCUGGCAGACCGGUUAAAGAGGGUCUCCGCUGUUCUGCUCGAAGGCAUGAAUAAAGAGACCUUUAACUUGAAGGAAGUCCUGAAUUCUGUUGGUGUUCAGACAUGUGCUGAGGUUAACAAGACCCUGGUGGAGAGAGGCUUACCCACUUUAAAUGCGGAGGUUCAAGCUAACCUUGUAGGUCAAUUUUCAAGCAUUGAAAAGGAGGACAAUCCUAUCCGGUCUUUGAUUGAUAAACGAAUCCAGCUAUACUUGAAGAGCCUACUUGGUCUCCCAAGCCCUAGUCUAGGCUGUCAAUAUGCUAACAUCGUGAAUCUCAACAAACAAGUGUAUGGACCAUUUUAUGCAAAUAUACUUCGAAAGCUGCUCUUUGGUGAGGAAGCCACAGGGAAGACAGAUGCUUCAUCUUCUGCUAACUAAAGAGGAACUGACGUUGGACAGAAGAUUGGAAAUCCAUACUUCAGUAUGGAGUCUGUUUCCAUCAGAGGCAUUACAGAUGCGGCACAUUCUCAGUCCUGUUGGUGGUGCAGUGUUAGCCCAAACCUGUAUAACAGUAACCUUAGGAUUGCAGGAGACACGCACAUCAUAUACACUCUACUCGUGCAUCAUUUUCAAGUUCAAAAGAAAUGUUUCUCAUGAUCAGAAAGCAAUUUGUAAUUAAUUAUAUUACCCACAUAAUACUUGUGUUUUCUUAAACAUUUAUAUCUGGCAUAUUCAUUCAACCCUUAAGGAGUUGUAUUGCCUCACUUGUCGCUAUCAAACCUAAUGAUUUUUAAUAUUGGUACAACUUAAAGGGUUGAAAGUUGUGAUAAUAACCAAGGGGCUUGAUGUUCUGAAUACAUGAUGUAAGCAUAAUUGUAUAUGAAAUGUACAAUGAAAAAAAAAUAAAUCAAAAAAGACAUGUACAAGGAAAUUUUAUUAAUGUGUAAUAGAAACUUACACAGUAAGUGCUAAAAUUCCUCAAAUGUGCCAGUUCACAUUUUAUAAUACCAACUGUCAGUAUUUGUGUAGAAUUUAAAUUUAUUAAAUAUAUUUUAAAGCUAUAUGCAAAUUUUGGAUAAAACCUCCAUUGUUCACUUAGUGAAAUUAGAAGCCAAUCCGUUCUAAGAUUUUAUUCUGGAGGUUGGUUUGUUCUUGCAAUUUAUCCUGCUCUCUGAGAGAAACGAUUUUUGCACAAAUCUCUUAGUGAAUGUCUUUGCAUUUCUCAGGCCAUUGGUAAGGUUUGUAUACGAUUUUAAUAUUUUUACAUAAGGCAGGAAUGGUUUGAUUUGGUUUACCUGUAAGAAGAAGGGAAGUUUAACAAUAAAAAGCGAUGCCAGGAGAUUCCCAUUCUCAUGAAGGAGAAGUAGUUGAACUUUGGAUUUUUUAACCACAUCGCUCCCUAGCAGAUGCCUUGUGUGCUGAUCAGAUACCUACCCUGCUAUGACCUCGGUGCUCUUCUCAGCAUCGUUACCAUUUGACAUUCUUGAGCAUGAAACAAUUUGGCCAAGUCGGCACUGGUUGUCAUUAGAGAAAGUGCUUGUCCUGGAAUUGCCUACUUCUUUGAAGUGUUCAGAGAAACAUUUCAGUUUGGGCGGACUCAGUCAAGAAAAGUGCUUUAUUUGCUAAAAUACGUUUUUGAUUUUUUUUUCCCCCUAAGGACUCAGUAGCUUGCUGGGGAAGAGUGGGUAUGACGUUGAAAGUUUUUUCUUCCUCACCCCUUUUGCCUCACCACGACCUCCACCAGGAUGGUGCUGCUCCUUUAUUUGACAAAGUUCUAGGAAAUGAUGGUGUGAAUAAAUUAUCUCCAAUCUUCACAUUUUGGAGGGAUCUGCCAAAAUCUGAGGAAAUUUUGAAAGUCAGUUUUCUCUCUCACAAUGACCAAUACAGAAAUCAGCCAGUCUGUCCAUUUCGUCAGGAGUUUGUAAGUGGAAACCUGCCGAAGAGCACGUGGCUGGUCUUACCAUGCCCUCUUCCUGUACUUCCAUCCUGCCCGCGCUUCUCUAUGCUUAGAAACCACACGGUGCUGAAGAUUUCGUUUUCAUUUUCUCUUAAAUUGAAGUCGUUUCAACUGUGUUCACUUUGGGGCAUGGGCAGCAGCGGAGGUCUAAUAUUGCAACGCAAUGUAUUGUGUGAUUUUUGUUGUUAUUGCUGAGGUUAACUGUAUCCUUAUCAGAAAGACCAGGUGCACUUUUUAAUUAUCGGGUUGGAAUCCAGCUGGUGUUCUUAUAUACUUGAUUAUACUGCGAUUGCCAGCAGGAAAAUAAUGUGCAAACAUUUUUUAAAAAUGUAUUUUAAAUGAAGGGCAUUCUGCUUUUUUUUUUUUUUUAAGUGGCAAAGUAAAUCUCAAUGUCUCAAGUCUGGAUUUAGGCAACUACAUUUAUUAGGAUUUUUGUAUCAUAUCUCUUAGCAUGUUGUUUAUUUGGUUUUUUACCUAAAUGUUUACUUCUGCUUUUAAGGUUUUCUUACCAUGGUCUUGUUUUGUAAUGUCAAUUUUAUUAAACACCAUACAUACAUUUUCAUUCUUCUGCUAAGACAUGUAUUGUGUGCACUGUUAAAUUUUAAACAUUAAACAUUAUUUCAACAUAA